UCCAUUUGCUGCACCAUCUACGACCAUCCACUGGUUCAUAAUUGUCAUACAUACAGAACGUGCUGCUAGGCACUAGCUAACUACGUUAGUUAUAUCCAUUGUGUCGGCAGAGCGAGCGAGCAGCCCACGCGCCGCCGACGGCCCUUUGUUCGUCGCGUGGUGGUUUUUCUUCACGCCCUGAGAGCGGAGCGGACGGAGGUGGGGGGGCUUUUGUUACCCUGCCCUUUGAUGACGGUCGAGCCGCCGCCGCCGAGCCGACAACUCUUUGUCCUCCCAACGCGGGCGCUGAGACACCAUCCAUCGCACGAGCCUCGUUGCUUGCUACUUGGCUAGCAGCGUAGACGUCUUGCCCCUCCCUCCCCUUGUACGACUGUGAGCCGACGAGAGUGACGGUGACGGUGACGGCAGCAGGAGCAACAGCAUCAGCAACGGCGACUAUCGCAAUCGCCACGAGGACGAGGACGACGAGGACGACGAGGACGACGAAAUGCGGUUCGGCAAGACGCUGCGGGACGCCGUCUACGCCCCAUGGAAGGACAAGUACAUUGACUACACCAAGCUCAAGGCGCUGCUGCACGAGGAUAAGGUCGACGACGACGGCGCUGUGCCCUGGACCGAGGAGGACGAGAAGCAGUUCUGCGAUGAGAUAUUCAACGUCCAGCUCGAAAAGGUCGCCCAGUUCCAGCAGGAGCGGGUCGACGAUCUGAAGCAGCGCGUCGAUGCCGCCUUUGAUAAGCUCAAGGAGCUCGCGCCCACCACUCCCGCCGUCGCCGAGGCGAGCGACAAUGGCGACGACGGUGGCGAGGGCGCUGCGGCGCCGCCUAAGAGCGACGUUCCCGCACCGCGCCUGCGCGAGCUGGAAAAGGAGCUCGACGACAUCACCAAUGAAGUCAAGGAGCUGAAAAAGUAUAGCAGCAUCAACUACACGGGCUUCCUCAAGAUCGUCAAGAAGCAUGACCGCAAGAGGGGCGAUCGAUACCGCGUCAGGCCCAUGAUGCAGCUGAGCCUGGCGCAGCGGCCGUUCAACUCAGAGCAGGGCUACUCUCCGCUCCUCAACAAGCUGUCCAUCAUGUACUUCGCCAUCAGACAGCAGCUCGAGGGCGGGGACCAGGCACCGCCCGACCUCGAGAGCCAGGGCGAGACGCAUAACGGCGAGAGGUACACCGCUCAUAAGUUUUGGGUGCACCCGGAUAACCUCCUCGAGGUCAAGACUCUCAUCCUCCGCCGCCUCCCGUCGCUCGUCUACAGCGAACAGUCUGCCAAGGAACUGGAUGCCGACAACUCGCCUGCCAUCACGUCUCUCUACUUCGACAACAGAAAGUUCGAGCUGUACUCGGAAAAGGUCGACCGCCAAUCCGAAGCGUCGUCGCUGCGCCUGCGAUGGUACGGCCAGCUUAGCAGCCGACCUGAGAUUUUCGUCGAGCAGAAGACGGCCGACGCCAAGGGAAACAGCAAGGAGUCCAGGUUUACCAUCAAGGACAAAUGGGUGAAGCCGUUCCUUGACGGCGAGUACAGCAUGGAGAGGAGCGUGCAAAAGAUGGAGCGGCAAGGGGUGCCCGCCGAGCAGGUCGACGAGUACAAGAGCACGGUGGCCAAGAUCCAGGGCUUCCUCCGGGCCAAGAAGCUGUCACCUGUGCUCAGGGCCAACUACGCCCGCACCGCCUUCCAGAAACCCGCCGAUGACCGGGUUCGCAUCUCCAUCGAUACCGACCUUGCUUUUGUCCGGGAAGACACGCUGGACAGCGACCGACCCUGCAGGGACCCCAACAACUGGCACCGCGCCGAGAUCGACGACUCCAACAUGACGUAUCCGUUCAAGAACAUCAACCAGAGCGAGGUGUCCAAGUUCCCGUACGCGGUUCUGGAGAUCAAGCUCAAGGAGGACGGCAUCCGAAAGCGGCCUGGCUGGGUGGAGGACCUGAUGGCGUCCCAUCUCGUCCAUCCCACGCCGCGGUUCUCCAAGUUCGUCCACGGCGUCGCCUCCCUGUUCGAGGACUACGUGAACAACCUGCCCUUCUGGCUUAGCGACCUGGAAACGGACAUUCGUAAGGACCCGCAGAAGGCGUUCGAGGAGAAGGAGCAGCGCCGGGCGCAGCGAGCGGACGACGUCAUGGCCGUGGGCAGCUUGAUCGGCAACGUCACGGGGUCCUACAAGGCCGCGCAGAGCUCGCCCGUGGGUAAGUCGUAUCUGGCAGACCGAAUGGCGGCCGACUCGAGAGCGUCCAUGUCGCAGUCACUCCGGCGCCGAAGCAUGCUGGCGACUGGCGAAGAGGAGGGCGAGUCGAGCAGCUCCCAGCAACAGCCGGGUCGCGGCGGCUACGGCACUCUGUCGUCGGUGCUCCCGGGCCUGUCGCUGUCCAAGUACGCGAGGGCCAAGCGGGCUCAAAAAGUACAGCUCCCGGAAGGCGUGGUCGAGCCGACCGAGUGGAUCAAGAACAUGGGGGAGCUCAAGGUCGAGCCCAAGGUGUGGCUGGCCAACGAGCGGACGUUUCUCAAGUGGCAGCACAUUUGCAUACUCCAGGGCGGCCUGGCUGUUGGGCUGUACACGGCGGCGGGGAAGAACCUGCUGGCCGAGGUGAUGGGCAUUGUUUACAUUGCCAUUGCUGCGUUUGCGGGCAUCUGGGGCUACUCGAUGAUGCAGGUGCGGAGGAGCAUGAUUGUGGAGAGGAGCGGUAAGGACUUUGACAACAUGUUUGGGCCGAUUGUCAUCAGUAUCGCGCUCAUGGUCGCCCUCGUCAUCAACUUUGUGUUCUCGUAUCAAAAGGCGUUUGCCAAGAUGGGCGACCACGGCGACAAGGUGGCGUGGUUGGUGACGGACGAGCUGAGAUAGUGAAAGGGACAAUCGUCGGCAGCCUGCCUGUAUUCCUAAUCACGGCGGGCAGGGAUCGUCUGAGCGACAGCAUUGCUUUUUGGAUAGGACGCGCGCGUGGUGCUUCUUUGUGUACUACGUAUGUAUGUAGGCAAGGCAGUCUGAGAGCUUUGUCGAUGGUACGGAGGCGAGGCCGCCAAAAGAAGAGACCAACAGGAUACCUACCUACCUAUCUACGUGCACGAGUAGCGCUGCGCGGUGCUGGCCUCGAGAGAAAUGAAAAUGUGCGGGCAUGAUUCACCACAGCAAGGGGGCAUGGCGGCAGGCCCAGGCGGCCUCUGAUUUGCCGCCGCCAGACAUUGUUGCAUCCUGCAUAACGCAAGGCAAGGCAGGGCACGGCAAAGAAAGGCAUUGGCAGCGUCGCGUAAGGCAUUGUACUAAUGUACUUGGUACUAGAGGGGAAUCCAAGGGAAAAAACUAAGGUACCUUCAUAGGUAGCUACAUGAGGUGCUCUAAUUCUGCUGUCCCCAGU